CUGGCAUGACUUCCUGUGUGAAAAGGAAAGGGCGAGACGCCGAAUUGUGCCAAUGUAUGUGCUUCUUGCAUCACUUUUAGUAUAGUUUUCUUGUGAAAGCAUUGUCUCUAUAUAACAAUGUUAUAAUGUUAUGUUGAAAAGUACGUUAUUGUGGGAAAAUGUGGAACAGUCAAGAAUAAUUUUCAACCCGACAACAGCUGUGCACCAUUGGUUUUGUUGGUGUACAUUUCCAGAAAAUGUUACUUGUGUAAGAGGCGAGUAGAAACAGUCGUCUGGCUCCCAGGAUUCGAACCCGCACCGAACCCGGGCUAAUUAUGACUGAAGAGAGGUAAGAGGAACCAGGAAACUGACCAAAGCCCUCGGUUUUCAAGAACCUUUUUUGGCGACACCACAGGAGGUAGCCUAAUACUGUAAUAGUACAUUAUUUUACGAGUUGAUGCCUGACUGUUGCUGAUCAUGAGUUUCAAAACGCCUCAUCUUACCAAACUGCCUAAAGCCGAGGACAGGAAGUUGAUCAACAAACUUCGCGAUGUCUUGCACUCCAUUAAGGUACGUGACAUGACCAAACUGAUCAAGCUACUAUCCAAGGAAGACAGGCCAGAUUUAAACUACCAGGUGCCGUUAAAGAGGAAAGUACUACAGAGGGAGUUUUACAAACAGUGGGUCAGCCCACUGCAGUAUGCUUGCGAGAAAGGCACGCCAGAAAUGGUAGGAGCCAUUCUAGCUGCAGGGGCCAUGGUCAACAUCAGACCCCAUUCUCCUUUGACAUACGCAAUAUGCUCCUUAAAAGUCAACCUUGUCGACCGACUGCUACAUAGUGGAGCAACGCCAAACGAAUCUGGAGACCCAAAUGAAUGGGACAUGGCGGCAGCCAUUAACUUAAAAGAACGUUGUGUUAACUCCCCAGAGGAUGAACAAAAGCGCCGUGAGAUAAUUACCCUACUGUGCAAGGCUGGUUGUGAUGUGAACAUGUGCAUGCAUUCAAAACAGACUCUCGGAGACAGAGAGAUUCUAAACAAAAAGGGAAUCAAGAUCAGAACUGUCUACCAGCCUCCAUUGCUGUUCCAUGCUGUUUCUGAAGGUGACCUUGAAAUGUGCAAAGUGCUGCUGGAAUCAGGGGCUGAGGUGACUGUGAAAGACUCUCUGUACAACGAAACUGCGCUCCACAUAGCGAUGGAUAGUACCACCGAGAGAAACCUGCCUAUCAUUGAGCUGUUGCUUGCCUACGGUGCUGACCCAAACCAUGAGUCCAAAGAUGGCUCAUCUCUACUCCACCUGGCGGUAAAGCGAGGGAAAAUGAAGACUGUAGGCGUGUUGGUACAAGCAGGAACAAACAGAGCCGCGCUCGACAGAGAGGGUCGUAGCCCGCUCCACCUCGCUGCAGCCGACGGCCACUCGGAAUUGGUUGAUCUUCUGUGCCUUCCUGAGGUUCUGAACUCACCUGACAAAGACGGUUUAACUGCACUUCACCUUGCUGCAGACAGGGGGAGUCUGACCACAGUCCGAGCACUGCUAGACGCAGGGGCGGACAGCGACGUGAAAACACCAGUGACGAAAGUCUCGCCCUUGGACAUGGCCUUGCACAAUAACCAUCAGAAGGUGGCGGACUUUCUGAAGAUGAAUCGCCUGUUGCAGUGUGACCAUCCUGGAGUGACCCACGCGUCAAUGCCGGAACUAUCGGCUAAAACUCAGGGAAACGCCACCACAAGUCCCAAGAUAUUGGUCACAGAGCCUGAAGAGGAGAGUCAGAGCCUCAAGGAGAAGCUGAGAAAGCAAGAACAAGAAAUAGAACUCUUGAAACAAGAGAUUGAUGAACUGAAACAGGAGACAGCCCAGCAAAAAGAAGAGAUAACUCAGCAAAAAGAAGAGAUAGAUAAGCAGAAAGAGGAGAUAAGUCAUCUGAAAGAACAACACAGGACAGUCAUGACAGAGACGGAUAAAACGAUAGCAUCCCUCCGAAAGCAGCUACAAAAAUACCAAGUCAUUCAGUACGAAGAGAACUCAAACCCAGUGCCUAUGUCCGACCCCCACAAGCAGGCGCUCAUGACCAACUGGCCACAGUUUCUACAGGACCUGCAUCAUGGGGUGGUGGUCCCCUCCCUUGUUGCAGAGGGUAUCCUCACCCCCCAUAUGGAAGAGGAGAUCAUAAAGGCGUACCACACUAGGCGAGACAGAAACACGCACCUGUUGGACAUGUUACUCACGAGAGGGGACCAGGCGUUCUACGUGUUUCGCCAGGCCUUGAGAAAGGACCCAGGUAGUGCACACCUGGCUGCACUACUUAAUGUGGACUGAGCAUUUUACUUAAGGUGCACUGUCGCAGCACUUGCAUCAAGCUUGCAUCACUGCGGGGUUCAAAAGAUACUCGACGAAUUUCAGAGAUAAUAAAUUUUCUUACUUUUUGUGCAUUUUGUUGUCUUCUAAGUCAUACUUUUACGUAUUACGCAAUAUCUAAAUUAUAAAAAAUCGGAGAAAAUACAAAACAGCAAUGCAGUGAACAAACCCCACAGUGACGCAAGCUUGACACAAGUGCAGUUAGAGUGCACCUUAAGUACAUGUACCUUCCCCCAACGUUUGACAUUAUCUGCUAAUGCAAAAGAACUGUUACAUACGGUAUGAAAUGUUGACAUAUCAUAAUGUAAUGUUAAGUCAGACCAAAGACAUGGGAGUCAUAUCAUUCAACACUUUUUUUAAUGAGGUUCUAAGACCUGGUGCUUGUUUUAUAUAAAUGGGUAAAGUAUAUGGAAACAUUUAUGAAAGAAAUGAUGCUGGAAAACAUUUUAUCAACACAUGAUUUUGAAUGAUGAAAGUCAAAGGGAAUUGGGUUAAGUGGAAAAUGGUUUUAAUGCUUUUAUAUGAUUAACAUCAUGCCACGUAAUUCCCAUUAUAGAUUUUCAUUACUAAUUAAUUUGAAUAUUGUUUAUUUCUAUUAAGAAUUAUCUAAAGGUAUGUUUAUAAUGCCACAUACAUAUGGUAUGCAUGUAGAAGUAUAAAUAACCUUUGGUAAUUUUCAACUUUGACAUAAGAAAGUAAUGUAUACUGGUUGUUUGUAAGAUUUUUUAUCAAGAUUUAAGUAAUGAUUGAUUCAUGAUUAUCAGUAUUAUUGUCUGUAUCUGCAAUACGUUUACAUUUAUAUGAUAGUCAUAUUUUUACAUGUAAUUUCCAUCAGGGUAUCAAAUUCUCUUUGAACAAAUCUCUUCAAAAUGAGACGUGCUAUUGUCAUAGUAUGAUGCCUUUUAUAUAAUAGUGCCUGUACUUUGUUUGGAACAUAUACCUGGUAAAGAUAUGUAUAUUUGUACAAUGCAGGUGUUCAAAAUUUUAGACUGGUCAGGCAAUUAGCAAAGGUGCAUUUAUGAGAAGAAAAAAAGAGGUGUAUUUUGGAAACUAGGCUUUUGAUAUCUACAUGUACAUUUGUAUCAAUGUAGUAAGCCCUUGUUGUAAAAUUCUCUACUUUUAUCUACUUUUAAAUUGUGUAAUUCCAAAAGUGCAAAAGGUUUAGUCAGUAGAGAGGUACUUGUUUGUUGCUACAUUUAUAUUUAUGUUAAUAUGUAAUACUUAACAUGCAGUUGUUGCUUCAGUAAUAUGAUAGGCAAUUUGCUUAGCCUUACAUUUAAUUUAGUACUGUGAGAAUUUUGGUCCUUUCAGUGUCACUUACAAAAGGUAGUGAAUGCUACCUGAAGUCUGACUGUUUCCAAAA